AUGGUUUCCGCCGCCUCCGCCAACCUUAGGGACGACACCACUAGCGGCGUCGACCUCACCUGCGAGAGGACCCUCAACACUUGGAUCGACUACUGUCCCUUCGGUUCCGGCAACAGGAAAGGCGGCGUCUUGGAGGUGUUCGUGUCCUACGCGCCCAAGCGCCCGCCCAGGCCCGUGUUGUCCACGCCGCUCGACCUCGGGGAGCACGUCAAGGACGUCGCGUUUGUCGGAUUAUCCGCCUCCACGCAGGGGAGCACGGAGAUGCAUGCCAUCGAGCGGUGGAGCUUCUCCACUGUGUCGCCUUCGCCAUCCCCGCGUGCGGCACCCGUCGCGGCGCCGCCCAAUUCUACCCUAGCACUCCCGCCUCUUGUCGCCAACCCGGUGCACCGUCGAUGUUGCUCCCAAGAGUGA